AUUGCCUGCUUCAAACCAUACGAGAACAACUUCAUCAACUCCGAGUACUACUGCUUGAGCGUGUGUUUGUUAGUUCGGAGCUCUCCGUUGGAUUUUGUGGGCUUUUUACUAAAAUGGAGGCAGAAGAAGCUCGGUCGGAUCAGCCUCUAACGAUGAAUGGCCAAGAAGCAGGGGGCGAUGAAGAUAUUAAUGCGCCAUUACUUCCAGUAGACGAAGAGCCGCUUUUCCCCGUCGCCUGCAAUGUGAGAAAAAUCACCCAGUUUCUUGCGUGUCUGUCUGUCACCUGCGGAGCUUUCUGUCUUGGAACAGUUUUAGCCUGGACGUCUCCUGUUGGCGAGAGACUGAAAAAGGGUGAUUUGGGAUUUCCUAUUUCACAAGCCCAGCUUGGUUGGGUGGGCUCCUUGGCCGGAUUGGGAGCAGCACUGAUGUCACCCAUUGCAGGCCAACUUGUCGACAGACUUGGCCGAAAGGCAUGCAUGAUUGCACUCUGUGCACCUCUGUGCGCAGGGUGGCUCUUGGUUGCAUUUGCCAAGAACCCUGCCAUGCUGUACAGUGGGCGACUUAUCUCUGGUGCAAGUGGUGGCGCCUUCUGUGUUGCCAUCCCAGUCUACGUGUCUGAAGUGGCCCAUCCUGCAAUGCGAGGUGCCCUGGGCUCACUUUUCCAACUCCAGGUUGUGAUGGGCGUUGAAAUGGCUUAUGUAAUCGGCCCAUUGGUUCCUGUGUUCUGGCUGUCAGCAAUAUCGGCUAUCCUGCCAGUGGUGGCAGCAAUGGCCAUUCUUGUUUUUGCGCCAGAAUCGCCAUCAUAUUUACUUCGGAGAGGCAGACUUAAUGCUGCUCACGAUUCACUCCAGUGGCUCUGGGGCAACGAUUGCGAUUUGAGAAGAGAACUCAACGAGAUGACCAGACAAAGUUCAACAGAACGAUCCAUUUCGAUAAAAACAGUUUUCCUUCAAAGAGCCACUUUAAUUGCUGUUGGCUUAAUGGCGUUCCAGCAGUUCUCUGGAAUCAACGCCGUCGUCUUUUACACAGAAGAAAUAUUUGCCGCUGCUGGAGGCUCGGUGCAGGGAGCAACAGCGGCUGCCAUUGUCGGAGCUGUCCAAGUGGCCGCCACCUUCCUCUCAUUCCUGAUAGUGGACAAAGCAGGUCGACGGCCGUUGCUGCUUCUCUCAGGCGCUGUGAUGGCCGCUUGCUGCACCACCCUGGGUGCCUUCUUCUUCUUCAAGGACAGAGGCCAAGACCUAUCGUCCCUAGGCAUGCUGCCAGUGCUCACAGUCUGUCUCUACUUUGUUGUUUUCUCUCUCGGAUUCGGACCAGUGCCUUGGCUCAUGUUGGGAGAACUCUUUGCCCCAGAGGUCAAGGGUGUUGCUGGCUCGGUGGCCUCGGCGACCUCAUGGUGGCUCACCUUCGUGGUUACUGCACAAUUUGAGCCCGUUGUGUCUGCCAUUGGCGAAGGCCCCACGUUUUGGUGCUUUGCGAGUCUCACAACUAUAGGAGUGCUGUUUGUAGCCCUGUUUGUGCCAGAGACCAAAGGCAGGACCCUGGAGCAGAUCCAGACUAGUCUCAACUCACCCAGUUAAACUUUUGCAAAACAUCAAGAAGGUAAUAAUCAUUUCCAUGACUUGUAAGGGGAUAGACUACAACUUUUAAUACAAUCAUAGUAGGGAAAGAUAUAUUUUAAAAGUAAAAAUGGGAUCUUAUGUCUAUAAUUUUAAAGGGUCUUAUAUAUUUUGCAAAGACUGCAUGACUCAUUGAGAAACGACCAGCUUUAUGAUAGAAUAGUUUGGAAUAGUUAAUAGGUUUAAUAGAAAUCUGUACUUUGAUUACUCUGAUUGCCUCGUUUCAGAUUCAAAUCAUGCAUUAAUAAUUAUUGUUGCCUGAAACCCGCUAGGAGAAACAUUUUAAUACUGAAGAUUACAUAAAUGCAAAUAUUUAAAGUGAUAAUAUAAAAUUUUCGUCGCAAUGACAAGAAGUGUAUGUCAUUAUUCAUGUUUGCAAGAGGCUGUGGCUCCUAAUCACAAUGAUUGUGGUAAAUGGGGAUGGGGCUGUUACAUUACAAAAUUAUCAAUAUAAUAAUAAUAAUUAUCAAUAUGCUUUAUAAUAAAAUACGGGACAAUUACAAUAAAGUAAUCUUUGAUGUGUAAACGCAAUAAUGGUUCUAUUUUUAAAUUUCCAAUUCUCUUAAUGUGGAAAUAG